AUAACAUCGUCCUCGUGAGUCGCUUGUCACCACGCCAUCGACGCGAUUGCCGUCGGCAAUCGUAAGGAAGCGCCGAAGGGAGGCGCGCAACGGGAGAGACUUAGUACGCUUGUGGCGAGCGAGCCGAGUGCAGGCCGGCUCGAUCCGCGCGCAGGAGAGAGGGCGGCGAUGAACAGGACCGGCAGGUGUUCCUGACGAAGGGAUAUAUCAUGAUCACUUGACCGCCCGUCGAAUCGCGGAAUCGCUCCCACAGUCCGGAUUGCCCGCCGCCACCGGGUUACCCGCAGCCCCCUCACGAGGCCGAGGAUGUCCAAGAAACAAUGGCUGGUCCUGCUGAUGCUGUUCCUUACUUACCUGCUGUUGGGCGCAUCCAUCUUCUACCACAUCGAGGGCCGCGAAGAGAUCGAGAAGAUCGAGAAGGCCAAGCUGGAACGUAUUCAGAUCAACGCGCUGCUGCACAAGCACUAUAUUCCUAGUCCUCGUCACAAUCAAACCGAGAUCCUGGAUAAGCUCACGGAGUACUGCGAGAAGUCGGUGUUCAAUUAUACCGAGGGCGAAGAGGACCGAAAGCGAUGGGACUUCUACAACAGCUUCUACUUCGCUUACACGGUCGUCAGCACUAUCGGAUACGGCAACCUGGCGCCCACGAACACGCUCAGCCGCAUCCUGAUGAUAUUCUACGGCCUGGUGGGCAUCCCCAUGAACGGGAUCCUGCUGACGCAGCUGGGUGACUUUUUCAGCCAGGUGUUCAUCCGGGCUCAUCGCAAGUACAAGUCCUACAAGCAGAGCCAGGCCAACUACUCGCCCAAGAAAACGACGCAUCUGGAGACGCGCAAGGUGGGCCUGGCCGCGCAGAUCUUCAUGUACCUGACGCCGGGCUUCGUCAUGUUCAUCUUCUUCCCGGCCUUCUUGUUCUCGUAUUACGAGGGCUGGACUUACGACCAGGCGGUCUAUUACGCCUUUGUUACGCUGACGACCAUCGGUUUCGGCGAUAUCGUUGCAGGUCAGGACAACACGAAAGGCAGCGGCCCGCUGUUCAUCAUGUACAAGACGUUCCUGAUCUGCUGGAUCUCCUUCGGACUGGGCUACAUCGUCAUGAUAAUGACGUUCAUUGCUCGCGGUAUGCGCAGCAAAAAGAUCACGAGGCUCGAGCACAGACUGGCGAUGAAUCUCAAGCACACGCAGAGCAGGAUUUGGAACGAGUUUAACAAAGAGGUCAAUUACCUGCGCCGCGUUUUCAACGAGCUGCAGCUUUCUAAGGUCAAAAGGGUGUACGUGGACGAGUACGACUACGAAGUGCCUCUGGCGAAACUCUCGCGCAGCAACAGCUUCCCGGAUCUCCGUACCUUGGUGAUAGGUGGAUUCACGGAGGAUCACACACCGCCUCGUCCGCGACGACGAGCUAACAGCGAGGUGGUGCCAGCGGACGAGCUGACGCGCGUAGUAUCCGAGACGGACUUGCAAAGGAUAGACAAGACCGCGACGUUCGCCGCGCACGCGAUGGUGCAGCCGGCGGAGCUGCUGGCGCGGCUGGUGAACAUCCUCGGGUACAUACCGCCGCCGCCGGACGACAUGAACGACUGGGAGCAGGACGAGGACCAUCAGUCGGCUCAGGCUGACGUGUCUUCGAACGAUCAGUUCAAAACGGCGGACUCGUACAAUUCCACGAAGCAGGGCCUGCCGAAGGUCUCGCAAUGGAGGAUCGGCGGCGAGAGGUUCCCGUUCACCAAACCCCGCUCGAGGGCGACCAGCGAAGUGCGGCUGCACGUAACGAAGAACGACUUCAAUCAGGAAAACAGCGAGUGGACCUGGUCGGGCCCGACGGCUUCGAAGAAGCUGCAGGAGCUGAUGAAAGCGCGCGACACGACCCCACUGCCAACGUCGAAGGACAGCGGCGGCAAGUACAGAUUCCCGUCGUUCGCCGCGACGAAGAAUCUCUUCCCCCGCUGGAGGAGGCAGAGUAAGAGGACGUCGGUCACGGCGAAGAGCACGGACAAAGCGGUCGUGGAGAACAACGAGAAGAGCAGCCAGCAGAGCUCGACUGGCCCGUUGCCCCCGAUGUAUCUGGACGACAGGCGCGAUUCGACCGCGAAGAAUUACUACACGCACGACGGCAGUAACUUGUCGAAUUACCUGGAGGGCAACACUUUACUGGAGGAGACUAGCUUGGCGGACUUCCUCAGGGCGUUGACCGCCCUCCACACGAGGGUGGGGACAGUGCCCGAUGAGUACGUCGCGAAGCCGAAGAGGAAACUGGGCACGGCCAGUUUGACGCCGCCGAAGCUGCCCAGUUUGUUCACGCUGUUCUCGUCGGGGUCGGCCGCGCAGAGCAACCAGAACACCGUCACCGGGACGCAGUCGUACCAGUCCAGCCGAAGAGUGUCUCUGAGGACGGCCGACAGCACUCAUACCACCGGCUCCAACACACCGGCCUUCUUCAGGAGGGAGAGCGCCCCUGUGAAGCCUAGGAGAUUCUCCCUGAGGCCGGUGGCGACCCCGGUGAGCCCUCCCACGCCGCCCGAUUACGGACCACCGCGGCUGCCGAAUCUGCACCCGUUGACUCUGCGGGUAGACGAGCGCAAUCUGCAAGAGCCCUACGCUUCCACGGAAGCUUUCCUCUCGGUGUCGCCGAAGGAGCCGCUCGUGACCAUGGAGGGGCCGCCCGGCAUCUCCUCGCCGAUGAAGCCGGCGUCCGGGAUUCGGCGUUUCUCGAUAAGACCCGCGCAGCUGAGCGCUCAGACGAGCCCGACUAACACCAUCACACCAUCGUUGCACACGCCGAAACAGCUGUCGAAGUGGAAAGCCGGCAUACUCCAACGGCAACUGGGCCAGAUGAACCUGCAGCGUCGCGUCCGAGCGUUCAGCCUCAGCGACGUCAACAGCAGCAGGCGCGAGAAGAGCCCAACGCCUGUCAGCCCGCUCGCCAUCGACAACAGCAACAAGAGCCAGCUCGCCAACAAAUUAGUCGACGUCAGCAGGGUGAACCAGAAGACGGUGACCAUCAUGUCGCCCGCUGAGGAGCUGAGCAUGACCUCGAAGAGCGAGCCCCGAAGCACCGCAAUACCACCGGCUCCUGCGGCUUCGAGGGAGGAGCAAGUGUCGUCGUGGAGGAGCCGCGAAAACGCCGCUUCCUCAGUUAACCCCUUCGCUUCAGGCAUUUCCGAUGAAUCGAAGCAAACUGCAGCGACCUCGCGCGUGGACGGCGGAAGGCGCUGCCAGGAGGAUGGGACUCGUUACGGUACGACGUCCUCUGGUGAUAGGAGUGUCCUCGGCGAUCUGAACGAUCGCCCGCUGGGCAGGACCGUUCAGACGGGAGUGCGGAAGACGAAUGUAGACGUGAAGGCAAAAGUGCCCUCGCUCGGGACGGAGAAACAAAGUGAUGCGUGUGUGACCGAUCAUUCCCGUGAGCCUCGGGACAACCCCUCGAACGCGACGUCCUCGACGAGCGCUCGCCCGGACUCGAGGUGGCAGAAGCCCAGCGUGUCGAUAAACUUUUACAAGCCGUCGCGGCAAGUGGUGAUAGAGAAGCCGGCGGUCGAUCCUUUCGAGCAGUACCGAGCUAUGACGAGGAAGUCUAGUCGGAAGGAAGACGCGGACUUGGAGGAAGUCAAAGUCGAGUGUUCUCAUGCGAAACGCGAUGAAACGGACAAGUAGCGAUCGAGCUGGGCGCGUCCGAAGACCGGAAGGGCUUUCCUUUCCUCGUUUCUACUCGUAGAAGGAAUAUUUGAUCAGUUAUCUGAUUAGAUUCCACCCGAUUCAAUAAUUAUAUAUCAGGCUUCUCCGAAUUUUUCGGGUACAACCUGCACUACCUCGCCUGACGGAGGUCUGUAAUUUUCCUUAAGUGUGCUUUGUGUUCGCGUGCGUGCGGGAUAACUGACAUUAAUUAUAUCCUACGCUAGUUUGGGGACUUUCUACUGCAGCGAUUAGCAUAUAUUCGUGUUUCGCCUUAAGAGGCUGCAUCAUUUAGGGGCAACACACGAGGCAAGGACCGUGCCGAUGAAACAUAUGUUAUUUUACACACUAUUAAUCGACGCAAAAGUUUCAGGAAACUUGUAACUUUGGUCGAUCAACUUAGCGAUCAACGUCAAUUUUGUCGGUGUACAGAAGUAUUGGAUUUUCCAGACUAGUCGAAUAUACGUAGUACUUUUUACCAAGUGAACCAUUCAAUUUAAGAAUCACGAGAUAAUGUUAUUAGGCUAAGCAAUGAUAAUCAUGAGAUGUAACGUAGAUUAUAAGAGACACGCGAAUUAACGAUUAAGUUUUAACUUAAAUUCAGUAGCAUAUCGAAAACUGUGAUAUGAUGAAUACGAUAUAUUCCCGAUUUAACGGACUCACGGGCGAGCGACACACAUUGACCGAGAUGACCUGGUAAAAAACACAUAUCAAAUAGAAUAUUGAUAAAUAGCGACGUAUCGAUCAGAUAAUGGGAAAAUAUCGAGGAAUGAACUUCUUCAUCAAGUUCUUCAUCAAGUUCUUCGUCGAGUCCAUCGAGUCGAGGUCCGUGACUUCGAGGGUUUGUCGUACAGUAUUAUUUCGGAUCGUCGCCGAUAAAUUAUUAAGGCCAGUAUUAAUACUGGUCACUUGAAAUUUGUCUCAGGUGAGGUAUAAUCUGCGUUAUGUAUGUCUUACCAUUCCCUAGAUCAAGAAUUGCACAAUUUUCAACUUUACA